CACCAGCUUAUGGUGGCAGCAUGGCAUAUAACGAAACAAAUCCCUUUUGGGAAAUACUAAAAUCUUUUAAUCUUGGCAACUUGAUUCUAGCCUUCUGCUUGUCUAUGCUGGUGGGUCUGGUGCUAGGUGCUUUGAUCUACAUUCUCUUGACCUGGGCAUCCAGACGCAGGGCCUCUGCCAGGAUCACUAGGCGCUCCAAAAAGCAAUCUGGCACUUCACGAAGAAACAACCCCAUGAACAACCAGCUGGGCCUGUACCGAAGCACUUUCCUGAGUGUCUACCGACAGCCCUCUCUUGAACCAGUGGGCCCGCUGGGGAGUAAGCCCAGCACUGAGGCCUCCACUUUUCGCCCACUGCCUAAAGGAAGCAGGGCCGGCCUGGAGACAGGGUCUGACACCCAGGUCACCAUGCCUGAUGACACAGCAGCUUCAAGCUCGUCAGAUUCGACAUCCCUCGUGCCAAACAAGAGACACUCCUUCUGGCUGGGUAGCAAUGGACUCCGGGGAUUCUUGCCUUCACAGACUCCCCCUCCUGCAUACGACAGUGUCAUUCAUGCCUUUCAAGAGACUUGCACUUGAUUCUGUCGUGAGAGGGGGAAAAAAGAGAUUCAUGGAUUACAGCGGACCACACGGGCUAAAUUCUGCUUUUCAAGGAAGAAUUGUCUCUGUAUUUUGGAGAAAAGGCCAUUUCUGAUAGCAGCCUCUGUUCCUUUCCAGUCUAAAGCAGUGGUCUCAAUUGUUUCUGCAUCAGGAACCAAAUGCUUACACAGCCAUCAAAUCUCCACUCAGUAUGUUACACAACCAGUCGAAAAUGUGUUUUCUUUUGUUGUUUUUGUUUUUUCAUCUCCAACCAUUUCAGGGCAUCUCAAGAACCAUUUUUGGUUCACCAGUUGACAGAUACUGGUAUUAUGGAGUGGCUGGGACUGAAGCUAGAUUGUGCUCUGACUGAGUGUGUUAUGUAGGAAGGAGA